AGAUUUGACGACCAUUGUGGGAAGCGAAACACCUGUCUUGGGUGCGCCGUGCAGAAAUUCAGCGGGAUUAUUGUUACUGUGUACAUGCAAUUACCGUUUAUAAAUUUUUAAUUUUCUCAGCACCGCAUCACACAUCGCAUUUAAGUAUGAGUUUGGAAAUUGGCUUUCACACUAAUAUGUGUCGUGCGUGUAUGAAGGAAGGCGGCAAAAUGUUGCCUAUGUACGACGAAGCUAAUAACAAGAUUAAUUUACCACACAAACUCGCGGAACUGACGUCUGUCCAGGUUGACAAGUGUGAUGGACUACCUAAUAUGCUCUGUUCCAAAUGUGCUUAUCGUACUAAUAUCUUUUAUGAUUUCAAGCUAAAAGUACAAGAGACAGAUAAAAUACUCAGAAUGAUACUGAAAAAUCAAAUGGAUGUUAAGAGUGAAGAAUUAAAUGAACAUAACAAAGAAGACAGGAUCAUGCAAAUAGACGAGUCUUUCGAAUUAAAUACAUUGAAUGAUAAGAUAUCUGUACAUAGUGAUUGCCUAAAGGAUCCAGAAAUAAUAAGUGAGACAAUCAAGGAUGAGCAACGUGCUCAAUCCGUUGAAAAUGACAAUGACUGCAAAGAGAGUAACCUACAAUUGGAGGAUAUUGUUUGUAACCUUAUACAAGAAGCUAAUGGGGAUGAAACAAAUGUCCAAUUAGUGAAGACUGAGAUACCUGAAGAAAUAUCGAAGAUGCUCGAUUCCCCGGAUAUCACAAUAAUGUAUAUACCAAAAUCUGUGAUCGAAUCGAUAACGGAGCCCAACGCGGAGAAUACGCUAGAUGUGCCGAAUGGAGAAGAGGAAAGUCUCGGAGAUGGCGAUGAGAUGUUUCUUUCCGAGGUGGAAGCUUUAACCAAGCAAGAAAGUGAAGACAUUUUAAGCGGCAUGAGUAUUUCUAGUCUUGUCGAGUCUAACGUGGCAGGAAAGAUCAAGCGCGUCUGUCAGAACGAUAACGCGACGCGGAACGAGAAUAAGAAAGUAACGCUUAACGAGAACGACUCAAACGUCGAGCAAUCCACGAGAGGAGAGGACAGCGAUGGAUCUGAUUACUUUAUCGAUGCGCAGGAUAACAUACUGGGCAGUUUGAACGAUGCCAUCACGCGUAUAAAGGAGGUGAAGCAAGAGAACGGAAUUGAGUAUCAGUGCACGCUUUGUCUGCAGAACUACGAUCAGGUGGUGGGCGUACUGUUACACACUAUCGACAAUCAUAUUCCUAGCAGCGGUCCGUUCUUCUGUAUCGUAUGCGAGAAAGACUGCGAGAGCCAUAGGGAGCUGCGGACGCACGCGAAAACGCACACCGGCCAGUUUCCCUAUACCUGCUUCAUCUGCAAGAAAGCGUACACCAUGAAGAGAUAUCUCAAGAGGCACAUGGUGUGCCAUCCCGACUUCCAACGACAUCGCUGCCCAAAAUGCGGUCGUCGCUUCAAAGUAAAGUCGGAAUUAGAGUCGCACAUGGUGACGCAUCUGCACGGUGCACCUUACGCGUGCAGUCAGUGUCCACGUCGGUUCAAUCACAAGGGCAAUUACAAGCGACAUCUGAUCAGCCACUUGGAUCCUCAGGGCCUACACUUGCCCAAGUACCCGUGCAGAUACUGCGGCAAGCGUUUCUCCAACAACCGUACGCUGGAAACGCAUAUGCGCGUACACACCGGCGAGAAGCCAUUCAAGUGCGAAGUUUGCAAUAAGUUAUUCUCGCAGCAAGGCAAUCUGCUUAAUCACGCGAAGAUACAUUGGAAUCCGCGCAGUUACACUUGCGAGGUCUGCGGCAAAAGCUUUAAUCAGCGUGCCACGUUGAGAGAUCACGGACUAUUACACACGGGCGAGAAGCCUUACGUUUGCAACGUGUGCGGGAAGGCGUUUACUUUCAGCGCAGCAUUGAGAAGGCACAUGUUCAGUCACAAACCAGACGGCAAGCCAUUCAGGUGUGAAAUUUGUGGAACGGGAUUUGUCGGCAAAUACGAUCUGCGACGACACAUGCGCGUGCAUACUGACCGGCCGAAGGAAAAACGAAGGAGGAACGCUACAUCAAAGUCGAAUAAUCGGCUUCAAGAAGAGGCGAAGGUGGAAUGUUUCACUGUGGUGGAGCAACCAGGUACCGAGACUGUGCUUAUAGAGCAAGUACUUUUACCACAGGAUGUUACGCAAGCGGUGCAUCAAGUAGAGUCGGAGAAAGAGAAUGAGAACGAGCUGUUUACCCUUCAAUCUUACAAUUCAAUUUUAUAUAGUACGGCUGAGAAAUGUGCAUAAUAAAUUAUUUGUGCAUUCCCGUGCUACACUCGCCAGAGCCAUUCCUCUUUUUUUUCGUUAACUUAUCUUGUCGAUCAGAUAGUGUAGAUCAUGCAGUAAUAUUAUUUAUACAACAAUUUAUUUAUCCUUUCUAAGAUUUUUAUAAAUAUUUCACGCACGGAAGUAUAUGAUGGAUACACGAGAGCACAAGCAUCGAACACUUUUUCAGGUCUAAAAAAUUUUUAUGUUUUUGGAAUUAUUGGAAUAGGCAAAACUGUUUUUAUGAUGCCAUAUAAUUCAUAAUUAUAUAAGAAUUAUAUAGCAUCGUGUAAUUAAUCGUAAUUAUAGUAAAGUUAUAUACAAGAAUAUACAUAUAACUUACAAUCUAUAAUUUAAAAUUUUUAAGUACCCGCGCAACUAUCCUUGUAUAUAAAAAUAAUAUUAUUAAUAUCUUUAUAAUUUUAGGAAAUAUAUUUCGAUUUCAGAAAUGUGAUUCAAUCACAGAUCUUUUGGUAUAUCCAGAAAAUUUUUGAGAUAUUCUACUUCUAUGGAAACAAAAGUUUUAAAUAUGUAUACAAUCGUAUAAAUAAAUAACUGCAAUAUAUUGUUAAUAAAUUAUGAUGAAUCAAAAAAAGCUAUUGUUAAUAAAAGAACUGAAAUUUAUUUGUAUAUCUUUCGUGCGAUUUAAUUACUGUUUCGCGUAAAACGAGAAAGUUAUGAAUGGAUACCAAUCUUUUAAUUAUAAGACAUCGAUUUGAGGAGAUCGGUAAAACAGACAACUUCAGUAUCUCUUUAAAACGUCAUCAGCAAUCGGGAUAAUUGCGUGAGCUGAUAAUAAAUGUCAAAACAUCGAUUUUUCGCAACACAUUUUAUUUGAUGAAAACCGCACGCGAAAAAGCAUGCGGAAAAUAUCUACUGUAAUAUUAAUUUCAUAUUAACCAACAGGAGAAAAGAGUAUAUCUACGGUUGAUAACAUACCGUUUGGUAGGCAAUAUAUAAAACUAAAAUAAAGUCUUGAAAACAGCUCUCUCAGCGACAUAAAUAUCAAUGCAAUUAAUAAAGUAAAUAAUAAAAAUUAAUGAGAAUAUUAUAAGAAUAUUAUCAAUAAUAAUAUUAUUAAGAAAAAUUAAGAAGAAGUAAUAUACAAUAUGUAUGUCAUGUAAAGAUAUUGCACCUGAUCUUGCAAGACGCAUUUUUUGCACACUUCCUUUAGUUAACUUAGGUAUAUGAGGUAAAUGUAAUGUGCACUGUAUUGUACGAUUAUGUAUUAUAUCCUUUAUAGAUAGAUCAAUAUUCUACUGACUGCGUACAGUAUAUAUUUUAAUAAAAAAGAAACUAAUCGAUA